UGUGCGUGUGUGUGUGUGUGUGUGUGUGUGUGUGUGUGUGUGUUUGUGUCCAGUGUGACUGUUCACACUGGCUCCACCCUACAGCUCUGUAUUCAGUAUAAAUUUCAGAAGGCUACCAGGAGAGACAGAUGCUCCACUGCCUCUACAUGCGACAACAUGGCUUCCAGACCCUCUCUGACUGAAGAUGAUUUCUCCUGUCCUGUGUGCUGUGAUAUCUUCAGGGAGCCUUUACUCCUGUCCUGCUCCCACAGCAUCUGUAAAAGCUGCCUGCACACUUUCUGGCAGCAGCGAGGAGCUCAAGAGUGUCCCAUCUGCAGGACCGUGUCCUCCACCCCUGAGCCUCCAUUGAACAUCGUGCUGCACAACAUGUGCGAGGCGGUACUGAAGGAGCGGAACCGGAGGAUGUCAGUGGAAAUGGAGGGGCUCUGCAGUAUACACCAUAAAGCUCUUACUCUGUUCUGUGUAAAGGAUCAGAGGCCUCUCUGCACCAAGUGCAAGGACUCCACAUUACACAGCAGGCACACUGUCUGCUCCAUACGGGAAGCAUCACAAGACCUCAAGCAGGCACUCAAAAUGAAACUGAAGCCCUUACAUGAGAAGAUUAAAAUCUAUGAGGACUUCAAACAGUCCUGUGUUAAUACCAGAGAGCAUAUUAAGAAGCAGAGCCAACACACAGAGGCAAUGGUCAGGGGAGAAUUCAAGAAGCUUCACCAGUUUCUCUGGAAUGAAGAGGAGGCCAGAAUAACUGCACUGAAAGAGGAAGAGGAGCAGAGAAGUCAGACAAUGAAGAAAAAGAUUGACAAGAUCACAAUUAAAAUAUCCAGUGUCAUUGACACCAUCAAUGCCAUUGAGAAACAGAUACAAGGAGAAGAUUUGCCAUUUCUGUUGAACUACAAUGCUUUACUUGAAAGAACUCAAGCCAAACUAGAAAAUCCAGAGAAAUUAUCUGGAGUUCUGAUCAAUGUGGCAAAGCAUCUGAGCAACCUGAGCUUCCAAGUGUCAGAGAAGAUGCACGGCUUUGUACAAUACACCCCUGUGGUGUUUGACCCCAACACUGCCCACGCUGGCCUCAUAGUGUCUGAUGAUCUGAUCACGGUGGCGUAUAAAGGCGAGCUUCAGCAGCUUCCUGAUAACUCAGAGAGGUUUGAGGGUUAUGUGAGCGUCAUAGGCUCUGAGGGCUUUAAUUCAGGCACACACUGCUGGGAUGUCGAGGUUGGAGACAACACAGCCUGGGCCGUGGGAAUCAUCUCAGAGUCUGUGUAUGAGCACAGAGAAAAUCUCUCGCGGUUUGGGUUGUGGUAUGUGGGCUUUUGCAAUGACAAAUACGGUAAAGGAUAUGCACCUGAGAUCCUGACGCUGUUGCGGGUUAGCAAGAAGAUUGAGAGGAUCAGGGUUACCGUGGACUUUAACAAGGGAAAGGUGAUCUUUACUGACUCAGCCCGUAACAUCUGUCUGCACAUCUUUAAACAAUCUUUUAGGGAGAGAGUUUUCCCUUAUUUUUACAGCCACUGCAAACUCCAUCCUCUGAGAAUAUUACCAGUAAAGUCUUCAGUGACCAUUCAGAUGCACAGUUAGAUAAUACCUGACACAAUGACUUAACUCAGGCUAAACAAUCAUUUUGAGCAGUGGUGGUGUCUUACUCAGAAAGUUAUGAAUUCAAAUCCCUGCAUUGCCAACCUGCCACUGAUUGGUCAUUGAGGAAAUCCUGAAAUCCCUACAAGAUAUGCUGGAUCAUGGCUGUCCCUAGUUUUCUAGCAAUACAAUAUUUCACUGUACUGUACAAACAUGGAUAUGUGACAGUAUAAAAUUGAAUGAUCAUAGAGCAGGCUUGUCCAAUCUUCUCUGGAAACCGCCGGUGUGGGUGUAGGUUUUCACUCUUCCCAAGCAGAAGCCACACCUGAAUCUAUUGAAAGCCAAGCUCAACUGUAUAAACACCAGGUGGAAUCAGGUGUGGCUCCUACUUGAUUGGAAUGAAAACCUACACCCACACCGGCCCUUGGCAGAAAAGAUUGGACACCCCUGUCAAGGACAAUAGAAGAAUCAGGGACGUUUGUGUAGCUAAUAGCUGUCAUGGGGGAGUGUCCAUGGACAUGGAUGCAGAACUUCUUUUAAAAAAACAGAACACAGGGAAACGGACACUAAGAACACCAGAAAACCAGGAAACACCAGGGUACCAAAACAACCAGAAACUAAGGAAUACUAUAUAAACAAGGCUAGAAAAUAAUUAAACUAUCAAAAAGACUAUGUAUAGUACAAAUAACAUCAAAUGGAAAGGAGCGGGGUCCCCACCCAAGGCGGGAGGCAGAGCGACAUCCCCACCCAAGACGGAAGGUGGAGCGACGUCCCCAGCCGAGACGGGAGGCGGAGCGACGUCCCCAGCCAAGACAGGAGGCGGAGCGACGUCCCCAGCAGAGACGGGAGGCAGAGCGACGUCCCCAGCCAAGACGAGAGGCGGAACAACGUCACCAGCCGAGAUGGGAGGCGGAGGGACGUCCCCAGAUGAGCAAGGGAGCAGUGCUGUGCCAACAAGGUGGGGGGCGGGGUUGGGGUGGAAGGGUAAAUUCACCAGCUGGGACGGGCGGAGGUUGAUGGCCGUAAUGGGACCAUGAAGCAGAGCGAUGUCCUCAGCUGAACAAAGCAGAGCAACAUCCGCAGCAAGACAGGGAAGUAGGGUGACAACCUCAGCAAGACACAGAGGUCUUGCUGAGGUUGCGACGUCCUCAGCAGGGAGCCGAUGAUCUCAGUGGGGCGGGGUACGAGUGCAGCGGCGAGCCUCCAGCUUCUAACCACAAACCGUCUCCUAAUCCAGUCUAUCCCACUGCCCCAAAUAUACCUCCUAUAGGUGAACCUCAAGAGCCAAAACCCACUCCCAUCACAGCACUGGAGUUCUGUUGCAUCCAUGUGUAGCUGGAGCAUUCUGUUAAGGGGGAAAGUCCAUGGAGGCGGAUAUAUGUGCAGAACUUCUUUAUUUUAAAAAAAACAGGACACAGGGAAACAGACACGAGGAACCAGAAAACCAGGAAACACCAGGGAACCAGAACAACCAGAAAUACUAUAUAAACAAGGCUAGAAAUACUUAAACUAUCAAAAAGAUAGAGUUGGGUACUCAAUCCUGGACUUGGAUUAUGAACGAACGUACUCUCCCUUCCUGACUAUAUGGCUUUUCUUCACACACCUGAAGUGCGCACAGAAAUCUGCCUCAUCGUGUACCAAAUGAACUCUAUGCUCAAUCGCUUCUGUGUUUUAUCUCAGCCAGCUCAGUUACAUCCGGUGCCGCGCCAGAAGCCGCUUUGGUGAUAACUGUGUAAAGAUGGCGCAGGAAAGUAAGACUUAUUACACUCAAUGUUUACAAUACCUUCCCCAGAUUACUGUGAAUGAUAUUAGUUAUAUUGUGAGGCAGUCAGUUGUUACACCCAACAGUAAGAAAGAGAAGGGCUUAUAUAUUUCGAGUUACAUCGACAAUUUUUAGGGUGAGUAUUCUCAUGCUAUAUCCGACUAGCGAAUCUAGCUAAGUCUCCGUUUUCUGUCAGUUCAUUCCUGUCUUUGCAUUAUUUGUAUUUAUUUAUCUAAUUAAAAUGUACUUUAUACAAUAAAUUAUCUGCACUUGCAUCCACCUCCUCCUCCAGUCCCUGACAACUUGAGUACAUGGUUCAUUGUAAUGGUACUUUUUUGAGUAUAGUUAAAUCAUAGUACUUUUACUUGAGUUUGUUUUUUAAAUAAAACAUUAACCUUCAUUACAUUUACUUUUAAUCACUGAUGCAGACUAAAAAAAAUAUGAAGACGCAUUUAAACAUAUAAACAUUGAAACAUGUUCGGCCGAACUAUUGUCUUCCUGCUGUUGAUACCUUAACUUUCUGGAAGCCAUUAAUAGAAUUAUAUAUAAUACUAAUAAUACUAUAAUAAUAAUAACAAUAAUACCUAUAAUAGCUGAAUGAAUAAAAUGAAUCCGAGUUUUGCUGGUAGUACACUUCACUAUAUAUUUAAUGCUAUACAAAAGUAAAGUCGCUGGCUGAGAUUCUACCGGAAAUAAUGAUGAGUCUUUAUUGG